GUCCAGGUGAGGAAGUUUGCAGAGCAACAUGGAGACAGCAGUUCAAAAUCAGAGGAAGGAGCGGCAAGAGAUUUCAGGAGUUGUAUAAGAAGAAAGUAAAUUUGUGUUCUACCACAAACUCAGAAGGGAUUUGUCAUCCAACAUCUUGUGCUCACAGAACUCUGACUGAAGGCUGCAUGUUUAAUUUGGGAAUAGUAUUUAUUGUCAUUGUUAUUGUUGUUGAUCUAGCACACCAUUCUGGAUGUAAGAGAAAGAAUAUGCAUCUGAUUCCAUGAAAAGUAAGAUGUUUUCACCAAGUUCUGCAUUUUAGACACAGGGGUGUUUGGCUGAUUUUCCUGAGGAUAAACCUCAGUGCUAAUAUCAUGAACAAAAUCAGUCCACAAAAGGUUACACUAUGAUACAUUGGAAUAUGUCCAGCAACUCUUUCCAUUGGUGGGAAGCAACCUAAGGGGCCAAAAUGUAACACACUUCGCCAAUCUUCCUGAAAGGAACUGGACAUCUCCACCGUCCAGAACAGAAUACUCCAAACGAUCUAUAGACACCAUCCAUCUGUGGAAGUCUCUCCAUGAGCAGCCAGCAUCCUCACCUGCCAUGGCCCACGCUCCUGAUUCAUUCCCAAAAGAUGUUGUUUACCCUACUCACUCUCGGGGCUCCAGCAGUGAAAUCAGCACUGCUAACCGUUUCCUACUGAGUAGGCAGAACCGGCUGAUGAAUGGAAACCAUCGAGGCUUUCGCACUUCAUCCCCUAUGGGAAGAGUUAUCCUCAUCAACACACCACUUGAAGCUAACAGUGAUGAGAGCGAUGCGAUCCAUGCCAUUACGGUGGAAAAGAGCACAGCUGGUAAGCUGGGCUUCAGCGUACGCGGGGGGUCAGAGCAUGGCCUUGGUAUCUUUGUCAGCAAGGUGGAGGAAGGCAGCAGUGCAGAACAGGCUGGGCUGUGUGUUGGAGACAAAAUCACAGAAGUGAACAGUGUGAGCUUGGAGAACAUUACAAUGGGAAGUGCAGUCAAAGUCCUGACAGGGAAUAACCGGCUACGGAUGGUCGUGAGACGCAUGGGCAAAGUGCCAGGGAUAAAGUUCUCCAAAGAAAAGACCACAUGGGUUGAUGUGGUCAACAGACGCCUGGUUGUGGAGAAGAGUGGUUCUACUCCAUCAGACACCAGUUCUGAGAUAGGAAGACGGCGGAUAGUCCACCUCUACACCACAUCUGAUGACUACUGCUUGGGUUUCAAUAUCCGGGGUGGAAAGGAGUAUGGCCUUGGGAUCUAUGUCUCCAAAGUAGAUCGUGGUGGGCUGGCUGAGCAACAUGGGAUCAAGGUUGGUGACCAAGUCCUUGCAGCCAAUGGAGUCCAGUUUGAUGACAUCAGCCAUAGCAAGGCAGUCGAAGUGCUAAAAGGGCAAACCCAUAUCAUGCUGACCAUCAAGGAAACAGGGAGGUUCCCAGCUUACAAGGAAAUGGUGGCCGAGUACUGCUGGCUCAACAGAAUGACCAAUGGCCAGUUGCAGCAGCUGUCUCAAAACUCUGAAUCCAGCUCUUCCUCCGUGUCAUCCUACUCCUCAGGGACCCCCUACAGUUCCAUGAAUGGUCUGUUCAUGGCUCCAAUCCCCAGCUUACCUUCAAGUGGCAUGGUAGAUGUUGGCAUUUCCACUGAGAUGCCAGUCCGGAGUCACCCCUUAGAGAAAGCAGAGGCUGCUAUGCAGACUGAUCCUUUGCCUGACGGAGCCUCCUUUUCAGGGAGCCUGGUAACGGAGACCCUUCGAAUUGUGCGACCUAUGGAAAUCCUAAAAGACACAGCCAUACGCACUGAGAGCUUCAAAGAUUCAUUCCACCUGAGGAAGAGCCAGCCAUCAGCUACCAAGGAAACAACAGGGCCCUCCCCCAAAACUGCUCUCCUUCUGGCACUCAGCCGACCACGACAGCCCAUCAAAAGAUCACAAAGUUAUCUGACCAUCUGUGAAGAGAAAAAGCAGAGGAAGAAGGAGAAGCCAAUAUCCUCAGAGAAGAAGGUCACUCUCCAGCGUUCCAAAACUCUCAUGAAUCUGUUUUUCAAGACUUCCCGAUCAGGGAAGCCGAGCUCAGCCGUGGGGUCACCAGAGACACAGAAGCGGUCCAAGUCACCAGCACAGUCUGAGGGGGAGAAAGAAAAAGGCCGCCCAUUCACCUCCCUGAGCUCGAAGGCUUCUGUACUCUCGUCUCCACAGCACAAUGGUAGUGAACAUAGCAAAGUCCUUGAGAGUCAUCUGUUGCUGAUUGAGGACAUGGCCAGGAAGCUCUUGAUGGAGGAUGAAGUAGCUGCAGUGCUGAGACACUGCAACCGGUACAUCCAAGAAGGUGGUGUGGAAGAUUUGGUGAGACCAUUGCUGGCAAUUCUCGACCGCCCUGAGAAGUUACUUCUUCUCAGAGAUGUCAGGAGUGUGAUUGCCUCCACAGAUCUAGGCCGAUUUGACAGUAUGGUUGUGCCUGUGGAACUAGAAGCCUAUGAUGCACUGAAAAGCAGAACAGUGAGGUCACCUGCUCUCCGCCCAGCACAGCAUGACACACCUCCAAAGAGACAUCUUAUCACCCCCGUGCCUGAUUUUAGAGGCAGCUUCCUUCUCAAGCCGGUGACCAAUGAGAAGGGGGAGCAAGAGGAGGCAGAGACGGCGCUGAAGGAUGGGAUGAAAGGGCUGCAGGUCUCUGCCAGCCCCAGGCGGACUCACCCCAGAAACUACACUCCUCUCCCUGAUGUGCCAGUGGAUGCCUACAUGACCUCCCCCAGCAUCUCCUCCCCAGCUGCUGAUGGCAGGGAACCCCGCUGGUUUCUCAGUAAGCCCACAAGAAUGUCUGGGAGUUCCCAACAUACUGCAGGCACUCUGGAAGCAUCAGGGAAACCAACAAAGCAAGGGGAUGGACAAUCUGGCAGAGGGAGGCCACGUACACCCAAGUCAACCCACAGCAAAGCCACUGCAUGGAGUCCGGAUGGAGAAGCCCACACAGCCAAGAAUACCCUGUACUCUGUCAUCAAUAGGCCUCGCAGGGCUAGGCCCCAGCUCUCCCAACUCUUCCAGGAGGUCCCAGGGACUAGCAGGACUGCACAAGGAGAGACAGGGGAUGGAGUCUUGGAUGGUCUGCUCCCAAAUGGUCCCAGUGAUGUGAAGAAAGAGGAAUAUGAGCUGUUGACUGUCAGUCUGCCUAAGAAUAAACAGUCUUUAGGGAUCAGUAUUUCAGGUGGAAUAGAAUCCAAACUGCAGCCAAUGGUGAAGAUUGAGAAGAUCUUUCCGGGGGGAGCAGCAUCUCUAAGUGGAAAGCUGGAGGCUGGCUAUGAGCUAGUUGCUGUGGAGGGAGAAAGCCUACAGAAUGUAACACACCAGCGAGCCGUGGACAUAAUCCGCCAGGCCUACCGCAACAAAGCCAAGGAGCCCAUGGAAAUUGUGGUGAAAGUGCCGAAGAAAACCAAGUAAAUGCUGCAGAUGAAGCAACCUGGCCUGAAGAACAUGACCUGCUGAGACAUGAGAAGAAGCUCCAGGGGGUCAGCAAAGGGCCCACUUACUAUGCCUACUUAUCACUCAGAAAGGUAGUAGUGUACCAUGAAGCAAACCGCUGGCUAGGUUGAUAAAAUGACAGCCACCCAGCAAGCUGGGGGCUCUGUGGAGGAAGUUGCAGCUUCCCAGUUUUAGGAAGGUAUGUUUGAGGCAGCCAUGAGACAGUGCAGGCCAAUGUGCCGUAGCCCAAGUAUCACGUGUUGUCUUCAGAAAGCACAACAGAUAUGAAUGAAAAGCUAGCUGUACAUGGUCAGCUGUUACCAAGACCAGCUGUUUCACAACAGACUGCCAAGGUGAGCAUGUCCGUAAACACAGCAGAGAGAAAAACAUUGUUCUUGACAUGUUGUUCUUGAAAUGACUCUCCUAUUAAUGGAAGUUUUGGUAGUAACAAGGUCACCUCCAACUGUAAGGAGCCAGAAGGAAAGGGUAGCUCAGAGGUAUCAGUACAUAGAACUGGCACGUGGCCAGGUUUAAACUAGCCUGAUCACUUUUUUGACAUAUGAUUAACUCAGGUUCUGUGGCAGGCACCAGCACGUUUUUAAAAGUUUAAAGCACAAAACGAGAAGUGGCAUGGUUUCAGACUCAAAGAUAGACAUCUGCAAAUGGGUUAUGAUGCUUUCCAAGAGACAAUAAUCCAAAGUCUCAGAAGAUCAUAAAUGCAGGAAACUGGGCUUAAUAUUUUCACAACACUUUCUUUGACUGAAACUCUUGAAUGAUAAAUCCAGUCCAUGACGAACAAACUGGCAGCAAUCCUGGAAGUGACAUACAGAAAAACAAAGCAGGCUUUUUCCAUCCAGCCUCAGGAGCCACUUCACUGUGUUCAUGAUGAUACAAGUCAUGAGGGAGCAUAGCUAGAACAGAAGGACGGGCCUGCAAUGUGGUCUUCUCUGAACUCAAGCUGAUGAUGGAUCUGUUACCUGGCACCACCAGCGUGUUAGUAAUUGCUUCCAAGCACGUGUCAGCUCUCACUUAAAAAGAAAAGCUCUGCUUAAGGAAAGAAACCAUUCUGUCUUGAACUGCAGCAGUUUUGGACCAGAAGUCAUCCAUUUCCUAAAGGGCAAUUCAAUAACUUCACCUCUGAAACCAUUCAGAGACAUUGUACAAGAUGCUACCUGUGGGUGAAGGAGGCAGCAUGGAUAUAAGAUGCAUCUGGACACUUUUCAUACAGCACUGAGAAGUGGGGGUGGGGUGGCGUUUAAAUGCAAAGGGUCCUUCAUUGUGAAGCAGGCACUGAGCCUCCCUGCCUCUCAUCAUCCACCAU